GAGAGAAAGCCGUAUUCUCCAUUCCAGGUCAAACUAUCGGCCCCAAAUGCAGCUGAUUAUGUUCUUGCUCGACUUGAUGAUAUCAUUAAUUGGGGCAGAAAGAGCUCUUUAUGGCCCAUGACAUUUGGUUUGGCAUGCUGUGCCAUUGAGAUGAUGCACUUUGCUGCUCCCAGAUACGAUAUGGAUAGGUUUGGUGUGGUCUUUAGAGCUAGUCCCAGACAGGCUGACUGCAUGAUAGUAGCCGGCACUGUUACUAACAAGAUGGCUCCAGCUCUGAGGAAGAUAUACGACCAGAUGCCCGAUCCACGCUGGGUCAUCUCCAUGGGGAGCUGUGCAAACGGUGGCGGAUACUACCACUACUCCUACUCCGUCGUCAGGGGCUGUGAUCGACUUAUACCGGUUGACAUCUACGUACCCGGGUGCCCGCCGACGGCCGAAGCCCUACUCUACGGCGUCCUUCAACUUCAGAAGAAGAUUAAACGCAUGAAAACGACACAGAUUUGGUACAGAAAGUAG